AUGCCUCCCGAAUUUGUUAGUGACCAUGAACGGAAUGUUGACAUUAAAUCGGUUGUGCCCACCGUUGAGGACAUGGCAAGUUGCUCGCCGGAGGCUGGCCUUGGCCCUCCUGCUACCGUUCCUAACACUGUGCAGACUGUCGGCAAGUCACACUCGACACAGCUACCGACACCUCUCCCUAGCUUCUGGCAGUGCCGCCUUGUGGUGAGAUUAUUGAUGACAACCAUAAGGACGGUGAUGCUUCCACCUCCGUGGGGCAUUUGUCAGAGAAAAACAUGUCUUGGCAAGAUUGAGAGAAUUCCUUCAUGGUUUGAUGAUUAUGCAUCCUUUCAAGGCGCCUUUGUGUAUCCAGAGACAGUCGUAGUUUUGAGAAAAUUUAUGGAUUUCCAUGGGAGUUUCAUGGAGGUCACCGAUAUCACCUCCUCUUUCUUGAGAAGUGCCGCCUUCCGAGCUCUUGGCUUGGUGCUUCAUGGGAUAGAUACCAUGGAGCUUCUUGAUAUCAUCGACUAUAGACUACUUUGUUGGCGGGACGCAAUAUGCGAGGCCAUAACUCUAGGCUUUCAUGUGGACUUUCUCCUCAACCUUGUGAGGAACCUAGCAUGUGCCGUCUUUGGAGCGCGGAUCAUUCAUAGCAUGAAAUUAUCACAAGGUUCUAAUGAGGGUAUUUCUGCUGACAAUGCUGAGUGUGUGACAGAAGCAGCAGCCAGAUCAUCUCCUAGGGCUUCCUCCUUUUUUUUUUUGGGCAUUCUUCAUAACCUCAAAGUUGUCUCUUCUUGGCUUGGUGAUCGAUUAUCUUGGCGCGUGGUUCUAUUGGAGACCAUAGGCUACAUGAGUCUUUAG